AUGGCAGACGAUAAUGAAAAAGUGUCUGUGGAUCAGUAUGGAAGAAAAAAGUGGGAUAUAGAAGCGUAUGCUGCAGAAUCGAAGCGUAGGAAGAAAAAUAACGACAAAAAAGAGGUAGCUGGACCACGAAUAGAAACAGAUAAAUCAGAAUCAUAUUUAAAUCAUAGACAAGAUGUAUACCUUCAACUGACCAGGGCAGUUAACAAGUUUACUAUUGUCAAUCCCUUGGCUAACUACGGCAAACAGAAAAAGUUUGGUUUCUUAUGUCCAAUCUGUGAUUUGAGUUAUCGUGAUAAUUUGGGGUUGAUUAACCAUCUCAAUUCACCUCAACAUUUGAACAAAGUAAAGGCUGAAACAAAGUUCGAAGGUGACGAGGAGCGUCCCGAGAUCGACGGAGUAAAGCGUGCUACUGUGGAGGAAGUAAGAGCUACAAUUGAAAAGUUGGUUCAACAGCAACUUGCAGCCGAUGAGCCGCAACAAACUCUUGAAGACAGAAUAGAAAAAAGACGACAGUUUGAAGAAAAACAAGUGAAAAAGAGGCGAGAUAAGCGUCGUGAAAGGAAGAGAAAGAAAUCCGUUUCCGAAGACGACGAAAUACUGGCAACUAUGGGGUUUGGAAAGUUUGGGUGA